AUUUGGGCCUUAAGCCCAUGAUGCAUUCAUGAAUGUUUGAACCCCGCUUCCGCUCUUGCCGCAACGAAGAUAAAUCCUGACGUACAAUCAGCACUAAUUUGCAGAGGAACUCUUUGUAGUAUGGACCUCGUCGCCCUCUUGGGCAAUUCACGUGUCAGCUUACUUACUUGAUAUAGUACAUUUGACAUCCUGCAUCAGAUCAAUUGUUUGGCUCAGUUGAGCCGGAUGCGAUAUAUACUUCAAGCUGACCUAUUCUUCAAUGCACCCUCCUCCUUUGAAUACCUAUUGCGUAGCAAGUCUCAUCCAACGAUGCUCGAUAAUGGACCCGGACUUUACUUGGCAGUGUCAGCCUUGAUGGUAGCUGUCUUAAGCUACAAUCGAAAAUAUUGGCUCAAUCAGUCGCAUCCUCCCCUGCCGCCUGGUCCUACUCCCCUUCCAGUACUGGGAAAUGUUCUCAGUCUUGAUUUCGCUCGGCCUUGGCUGACCUUCAAUGCCUGGAGAUCCACAUAUGGUGACAUCAUCUAUGCUCGUCUCCUCAACAAGCCUAUCAUGGUCGUUAAUUCUGAGGAGGUCGCUAAAGACCUCUUUGAACGACGUUCAAGCAUAUAUUCAGAUAGACCCCAAUCAAUUGUUUACGAAGCUUUCGCUUCAGAUUUUAACAUGGGGUUCAUGCCAUAUGGAAACAGGUGGCGCCUUCACCGACGAAUCUUUCAUCAGGCAUUUCAUCAAGCUGCUACACCUACUCAUCAAGCCGUGCAACUCCGUUCUGCCCACAAGAUGCUGUCCAGUCUUCUACAGGACCCUGACAAUUAUCCAGACCAUUUUCAGAUAUUUACUUUGACAUUCAUGCUGUCUAUCAUAUACGACUGUGAAGCCAAAGCUGAGGACGACCACGUUGUCCACGCCAUUACAAAGUAUGGGGAACUUAUAGUUGAUGGUUUCGCGCCAGCUGCGAUGACAUUGAUGGAAACAUUCCCUUUCCUUUUGAAGCUACCUACUUGGUUUCCCGGUGCCACAUUUAAGCAAGCAUCACUCAAGUGUAUCCAAGCAGGCCAUGACGUGAAGGAGAUACCCUUUCAAUACGUCAAAGAGAGGAUGUCUGCCAAUGACAUGGGGCCGUGCUUGGUAGCUGAUGCUUUGAACAAGACCAGUCAAGAGGACGACGUCUAUACAACUGCAGUUAAGGAGGCUGCUUCUGUUGCAUUCACAGCGGCGACUGAGACAACCACUGCCACGUUACUUGUGUUCUUUCUUGCUAUGGUGCUCAACCCGGAGGUACAAGCUAAAGCGCAGGCGGAGAUUGAUCGAGUCGUUGGCAAAGAUAGACUCCCUAAUUUCAAUGAUAGACCAGCAUUGCCUUACCUAGAGGCUGUUUUGCGUGAAACACUCAGGUGGCACCCAGUGAUUCCAAUGGGUGUCCCACACGCAACAACAACCAGUGACAUCUACAAUGGCUAUUUCAUCCCUAAAGGUGUUGCUGUAUUUCCAAAUGCCUUUAGGGCAAUGACACACGAUACAACGAAAUACCCCAGUCCCAACGAAUUCAAACCGGAAAGAUUUUUCCAAGCAGAUGGGGCUCUCAACGACGACAAUAUGCGUUUAGGCUUUGGUUGGGGUCGCCGGAUUUGUGUGGGACGGCAUGUCGUAGACGCCUCACUCUGGAUCGCGAUGGCAAAUUUCCUGGCAUUUUUCUCGGCCCACAAUGCUCUUGAUGAACAUGGAAUGGACAUCCCAGUCGUUCCGAAGUUCACCACUGGUUUCACAGUUCGUCCGGAGACAUUUCCCUGUCGCAUUCUCCAGCGAUUCCCUGAUGCAUCUUUGAGGACGCUGACGCGUUCGACUAGCUUAGAGUAAUCGUGAUUGUGAUGUGCGGUGCGGGCAAUACGCAGCCCAAUAG